GACUGAGCGCAAGCGCAACAACUUCACUAUCAACAUAACCUAAUAAACAUAAAAAGGACUUUUUUAAAUAAUUUCUAUAAGUACAGUGAUGUAAAUAUCCAUCAUGCAGUAUUCUGAAGAAGGUGAAAAAUUGGCGGAUAAAACGCCAUGUGCCGGCGUACGGGCUGACUUAAAGAUGUGCCUUUUAAAUAGCGACUGUGUGAAAAGAGAUAAGAAGACACCGAGGGAAUGUUUGAAAACCAGCGACGGUAGUGUCGCAUAUGAAUGUCAAGCUUUACGUAACACAUUCUUUGAGUGUAAACGAUCGUUGCUGGAUAAUCGUGUGCGAUUUCGAGGCCGUAAAGGUUAUUAAUUUGAUGUAUAUAAAGUACGAAAGUUCAUUUGUAGUAAGUAUAUAAGUGUAUAAUAAAGUUAAUUGUUAGAUACUGUGUAUGGUGUAGGUACAUUUAAUGUGGAAAGUUGAGAGAUUAUUAAAAUAUCGCAGAACACCUA